AGUUGAAUCUUAUGAUUCAUGAGCAGCUGAGUGAACCAAGCUUUCAAUCAGGGGAGCUUUUCAAGUUCUUGCGGUGCAACACCUACAGAUGGCCAGGACAUGUUUUGACAGCUUGUUUACAGGUAGCCUGUGUAUAGUUUGGGCUUUCGUUCCAUCCUUUCUCUGUCUGAACGAUUGUAAUAACAGAUGGGGAAUUCAACAAGGGGAUCCUCCUUGACGCUUUGCACUCAUUCUCUGCAAAGCAAAGAUGUGACCCACAGCUCUCUGGUGAUUUUACAACAAGUUGGUUGAGCUUGCUUCACAGACAUUUUCCUUCUGCUGGGGAUUAGCAUAAUGCAUACUUAUGCCACACCCUGCUUGGCUGCUUAAUCAUAUGACAAUUAUUUCCGAACGCUGAGUGUCUUCUCUGUGGGAAGGGAGGUGAGCUGGGGAAAGCCUUAAUUUGUGCUUUUUGACUGGCUGCAAACAGCUGGUCCCUCCCUUUUCCUGAAUCUACAUGCCUCUUGCUCAUAGGUGAAUGGAUGCAGAUGUGGGUGUUGUAUAAUUCAGCUGCCAAGUGUUUGUUUGAGAUACUUUGCGAUCAGCUUUUGAUGCCUUCCAAACCUUUUCUCCUGCAUGUGACGUGGGCUUCUCGGUAGGACACCUGCGAGACCACAAGUGGUUCGUGGGAGUAUACAGUCAUCAUCUGCGAAAGGAACUGUAGAGCUGACUCCUUUCUCCACUUCAGACAAAAGGAAGACAAGCAAGGCCAUGGUGAAGUUGGCAGCUGCCCUUUUGUGUGCAGGUUGCUUUCUGCUCACGGUCACAGGUAAGAAGCCCUUGUGGCUCUUUUCACAUCUGGCAUGGGGUGGUCAAUGAAGCAUUAAGCCCCAAUAGGCUCGUAAUUUGUUGAUGAUGUGGUCCUUCCUGUAUUUUAUGCCUAGGGUAAUCUCUCUCUCUCGAAAACUUUGGGGUGGGUGGUGGUGCUCUUCCAACCAUCAGAUGGUAGAUGUGGACAAGAGUGCCCCGUACGCAACAUAUUACUUUGCCAGCUCCACCUCCUGCUGCUGGAAGAGAAGAUGUUUGCCCACAUUCCUACCUCUGUGAUCUCCACAUUGGUUUACACCCAUUGGGCUGCUCUUGACAAUUGUUCUGAAGCAGCAGCUGGUACAGAACAUGGCUCCCCAUCUCUUGACACUCAUAGGCUAGUGAAAAGACAUCUAAAAUAUCCAUAUUGGCAAACAGUUUGUUUACAGACCUCUGCAUUCUGGGUGUAUCAGGGAGUAUUUGCAUAGGAAGCCACCAGGGCCUUCAGGUCUGCUCAUGAGAGCCUGCUCCAGCUUCCCUCCUUUGGGAAGGUGAGAUGGUUGAGAUCAUCCCCGAGGAGCAGGUCUUUUUCUCUAUUGGUUCCAGAGUUGUGGAUUAAUAUCCCCAAAGAUGCCCUAUGGUCACCUUCAGUGGACAUCUGAAGAUUAUUUCAUUCCACUUGGCAUUUAAGCGUAAUGGCAGUUUCUUACUUUUGCUUGUAUGCAGUUUGCAUGUUUGUUGUUUUAACGAUAGCUUUUAUAUAGAGUUUUUUUUUAAAGUAUUUUAAGUUGUUGUAAGCUGCCUUCUGAACAAGCUUCAUUUGAACAACAGUCUGUAAACGUUAAGUAAAUAAAACCCUGGGGGUGGCUAAAAAAGAAAAUGACUGAAUAAGAUAAUUCAAACAGGUUAGAAGAUUCAGAUUUUAAUAAGGCUUCUAUUUCCCCUGUUAUGUACGCAUUUCUCCAAUAAGGAAAAAUAAACUUUCAAACACAUGUCUAUGAUAGUUAGAGCCAGGGGUGGAGGAAAGGGAGGUGGUGGGGGGCCCCGCCCUGGGUGUCAUCACUGAGGGGGGGGUGACAUUCGGUGAGCCCGCGACUCCCAAGCCUACCCCAAGCCGUCAGGGGAAGGGGCGGAGCUGCGCCACUUUAUCGGCGGCCUUAUUGACAGCUCGGGGGAGGCUUGGGAGUUGUGGGCAGGUGGCGCGCCAUUUUUCCUGCUCCCGGGCUGCUUCCGGGUGGGGGAGCCUCCCCUGAGCUGUCAAAAGGAAGAGGGAAUGGAGGAAUGCUGCUGGCAAAGCGGUGUGGCUCUCCCCCCCGCCCCGCCCAGGAAACAGCCCGUCAUGGGUGGCUCACUAUACCCCCUAUGGGCAGCUCACCCCUGGGACACUCGCCGGGGCACCCCCCUGGGAUGCUCACCCCGCCCCCAUGUCCCCACCCCUGGGUGCACAGCAUGUUUGCCUCUCCAGGUGCUGGAGCAGCUAGCUCCGCCUCUGGUUAGAGCAGGGGCAUCUAACAUUAAUAAUAAUUAAAGAGCUCAGUUCUGUAAGAGAUAUACAUAAGUGAUGUUGCCCAGUAAUUUCUUUGGAUUGUAAACAACAACAGAAAAAUGUUAUUUUUAUUAUUUUGCAGUUCAUUUCCAACAAAGGAGCCAUUUUCCAGCUAUAUAGCUCUAAGAUGUAAACAUCAACCAACUGUGGUUCUUUGUAUCAUGUGGUGUUAACUUUUUCAUUGGAUCAGAACAUUGUCAUGAAGCACAUCGGCAAACACAAUAUUUGGUCUUAAUUAAGCUAGGGUUGCCAUAUUUCAAAAAGUUAAAAUCCGGACAGAAAAGUAGCUGAGCGUUUUCCUGAUUUCCACCCGGACACUGCUUGCAGCUGCAGUAUUCCAGAAAUUCUGGUUGUAUGGUAAUCUUAAUUUAAGAUGAACUCCCAUCAACACAUAUUUGGGAGUAAGUCCAGAACCUUGUUUCACUGAGGCUGUAUACACACCAUACAUUUAAAGCCAAUUUAAAUAAAAUGCCCUCCUCCAAAAGAAUCCUGGGAACUGUAGUUUGCUAAAUGGCUGGGACUUACAGCCCUGUGAGGAAUAAACUAGAGUUCCCAUGAUUUUUGCUGGGGGUGGGGAGAAUGCGCUUUAAAUGCAACUUAAGGAAAAAUUUGUUGCUCUGCCUCAGGCAGCAAAAUGUCUUAUCUCUAGUCAUGGUGAACCUUACCCAAGGCUGGUCACAUUAUUUUGGCACCUGAGGCAGAAAAUCCCACAAGCAAUAACAGAUAAAAAUGAUACAUUGAGGCAGCGGGGCGGGGGGGAGAACCCUUUGCUGCCUUUCCAUUAUACCCAAAUUCAGCUUCCUGAGGUGGCCACCUCUUUCUGUUAGAAAGUCUACUUAACGGAAGUGUAUUCAGCUGUAAUUAUUAGAGCUUUACAUUUGGGUAAAAAGAAAGCUUACAAAAGAGGAUUGUACAACUUGGUCAUAUUCAUUUUGCAUUUUUUUACAAUGUCAAGCCCUUUUACUGCAACCUGGAAGCUGCUUAUUAGCAUUAUAAUCAGUACUGCUAUAGUUUCAUUUUUCUUUUUUUUAAAAAAGCACCAACAAGCUUUUUAAAUACAUAAUGUAAUGAGUUCAGACUUCCAAUAGUACCAAUCAUCUGUAGGUAAUCUCAUGAGUUUGCAUUUUUAUUUUUGCAUGCAGUGGAGGGAGAGGGCAGAGGCAGGAGGCAAAAUCUAGCAAGAUUAUAGGCUAGGCAUGGCUUUGCUAUUACAAACUAUGGAAGCAGAAAGAACCCAAGGCCUGCAAUGAACAGAUGCUCUUUGCAAACUCUGAAUUGCAAGUGAAAGUCUUUACCAGAAUGAGAAGAGAGAGGAAUGCAAGCUCUUGCCAAAAAAAGUGAUAUUUGUAUUAAUAUAGGUGCAUUAUCCAUACAGCUCUAUUAUGUGGCUUGGAAACUCCUGAUCUAGUGUUUCGUCUUGAGCAUUAUUGAACAAGCUGUUUUUCUGACUCAUGUAUUUUAAAACUUAAUUCAUUAAUGCUAACAGUCCUAAUUUACAAAAGUUAGUCCAAUUUUUCUGAAAUGAAUGAUAAUUGCCUGAAAACUGGUGUGCUGGACAAGCUUUUCAAUUUAUCACAUAACUAAUGAAUGACUGAAAGGAUGACAGUCUUCCAGAGAAGAAGAAAGUUCAUCCGAGUAGGUGAAGAAUGAUAAUCCACACCGUCUCAUUAAGUUUGGUAUGUGGACUUUCUUGUUCUACAAAAAAAUUAGACGGGGAGUUGCCUCUUCAUGACACUUGGUAAGACUUCAGUUUUCAAAUGCAGCCUGAAUAUUGAAUGGUGUAUUUUAUAGGACAUAUUCAAUUCAACAGUUGUAUUUUUAUGUUGUGAACUGCCCUGAGAUCUUUGGAUGAAGGGUGGUAUUAUACGAUGACGACGACUAAUAAUAAUAAUGUAUAUUGCUCCUAUGUCAGAAUCCAUAGUCUGCUUUAGGAUUUCCGUGAUCUCCUCUUGAGGGACUAUUUGUAGUGAAACCUCAUUACCAAUACUUCUUUUUGAUACUACUGAUUUGCACUUGACUUGAGUGCCCACCCUUCCCUAAAAUGUCAGGCCCCCAAGGCCAAACAUAGGACUAGAUUAUUUCCAAAUAGUCCAUGCUCCACAGUGAAGUCCUGUCAAUCCUCUGUUUCAGGUCCACAUAUACCUGAUAGCCCUGUUUGCUGUAUAAAUGCAUCCUGAUUGCUUUGGAAACUAUUUCAUUAUCUAUCUACAUUAUUUCAUUAUCUAUCUACAUCUGGGUAUCCAUUAUCCUUGGUCCAAACUAGACUCUGCUUCAAGCACAGUAUCAAAUACACAUCUAGGGCACUAAAAAGCUGACAUGAGGACUGCAGUCACAUGUUCCACACCUUUCUCUCAAAGUCCCAAUCUUUAAGUGUCGUUUAAACGUCAUCAUGAAUGCCAAUCUCACCUCAUGGCUUCAAGAUGUUGACAACCUGCUGGUGAGGAAGGGACAUGUUCAUGAGUCUGUGCCUGCCAUCCUCUUGGAAAUUAGUCAUGGCCUCUGAAUCAUAAGCGACCUCUUUCACUCUUCUUUAUCAUUGUCUUUUCUUCCCUUGGCUUAUGAGCCACUGUCUUGGUGGUUGUUGACACUGCUGCUGAUCAACCUGUUUUCCCUGUCCUUAGUACAUGCUCAAUUUAGGAAAACGCACACAGCUGAAACCAUUUCCAUGAUUGGAUAUGUUACAAAGUUCCUGCAUGAAUACGAGGUUGGAUUUGAUGAGGCCCAUAGUCCCUUCCAAGUCUGUACUUCUGUAACUUCUAAGCAAAUAAUGAGGAGCUAAAGUGGGGGAGAGACCGCAAAACAGGAAGGGUCAAAGGCCUGCCAGUCUACGUUUCAAUAACAGAAAUGAAGUUGGUUGUUCUUUGACUGUUGACAAUACCUGUGAUGUCACAGAUCCUGCUACCUGUGCAGCUUGAAGCUGUUUUUAAAGUGUGACAUUUUUGUGUGUGCUUGCCCACAGAUAAAGCUAUGAAAGAAAGAGAAAUAAUGCAGGAUUGCACCAUUCCCCCAUUGCAAUGUCAUUUUUCUUAUCUAUCUAUCAUCUAUCUAUCUAUCUAUCUAUCUAUCUAUCUAUCAUCUAUCAUCUAUCAUCAUCUAUCAUUGCUUCUUUGUAGUGACUCUCCUGAACAAAAUGAACAAAGCAGACUUUGGUGGUGCUAUAAAGGAUGCUAUUCAUAUAUAUAUAUAUAUAUAUAUAUAUAUAUAUAUAUAUAUCCAUUAUUAACAAUGAUCAACAAAACUGUUUUUUAUUUUUAAAAACCUUCAGAUCAUAAUAUUCCACAAGUAAAUAGAACUUAGCAGAAAAUUACAACAUUUCUUUAAUAAAAACUCAAAACCUACCUGAAUUUGCUUUUGUGGGAGGUAAUUAUUUUAUUGACAAUAUUGCAUAAAGGGCCACCUGUUUCCCCAGAAUUUAUUUCUAUAUUCCCUUGCAAUUCUCACUCUUAGAUAAGACAAAGGAUACAAUUUCAUACUGCAGCAAGGAUACUGAGAGACUGUGGUUGCUCUCUGUUUUUUUCCUUCUGCUUCAUUAUCUCCUCCGGCUGUUAAUCACAGUAUAUUAAAAUUCAAUAUAGCAUGAAUUAAAUCAUUGAUGCCCUAAUAAUAGACUUUGCUCCCCCAAACCAUGAAUGUAUGUGUGUGAUUCUUCUUUGAGUGCCCUGCAUGCCUCUAUCUUCUGUGUCAACAUAGCCAUUUUCCUCACAAAGUUGCAUUUUCCUGCACUCCAACUGCAGAAAGGCUCAAAAGCCAGUAAUGAGGUACCUAUUGAGAUUGCCAUGCAAAUUGCCUCGAUAACAGUGUCUAGAGGGAACUGAGUAAUGAGGUGCUUGUGUCAUCCAGGAAGUCACUUAUCACAUCCUAUUUCCUCCAGUUUUAAAAUACGGAUACUCCAGAGCAAAAAUCACUGGAGAUGAGAACGAUUACCCAUUUUUCAUUCACUGAAGCUGCCCAUGUUCCAUUUUUUGUCAUUAGAAAGCAACCCUACUCAUGUUGCCAGAUUUUCAGGAUAGUUUCCAGGCCCUCCAAUUGUCCUAAUUUUCCAGGGACAUCCCUGAUUUAAAUAAACUGUCCUGGUUUCUGAUUUGAUCCCAGAAAGUCCAACUUUUCCUAAGGAUGUCUCUAUUUUCAAUGGAGAAAUGUUGGAGGGUGUGGAGUUAUCCAACCUUCGAGCCAUCUGAAGGGAAUUUUUUUUUAAAAAAAAGUUUAUUUUUUUUUUAAAAAAUAUAUAUGUUGGAAGCUGCUCAGAGUGGCUGGGGCAACCCAGUAAGAUGUGUGGCAUAUAAAUAGUAAAGUUAUCAUUAUGGAAUGGGAUGUCCCUAUUGUAAUUGGUGAACUGUUGGAGGGUAUGAGUUUCCCUUUAGACAGAAUAUAUUGCUGGCUUUUCAAAAUAUUCAUCCGCUGUUCAACACAGAUUUGUUGGAACAAAGCAGUGCAAUAAAAAGAAACUGGCGCUCUGCUGUUUGGGUAGGUAUGUUCCACAGAGGAGAUGUUUUUGGUGAGAUUGUCUGUUGUCAUCGGAAAAGGACUAUUUUUACCAAUCCAUUUUCACUGUCUGCACGACUCCAAGCAUUUGAAUUAGGAGCACUGGAAGCUACCUUAUACUUAAUAGACCCAUUGGUCUAUCCAGCUCAGUAUGGUCUACACACCAACUGACAGCAGCUCUCUAGGGUUCACAUGCUGGUCAGAGCCAGUGUGGUGUAGUGGUUAAGAGCGGUAGUCACGUAAUCUGGUGAACCGGGUUCGCUUCUCCGUUCCUCCACAUGCAGCUGCUGGGUGACCUUGGGCCAGUCACACUUCUUUGAAGUCUCUCAGCCCCACUCACCUCACAGAGUGUUUGUUGUGGGGGAGGAAGGGAAAGGAGAAUGUUAGCCGCUUUGAGACUCCUUAAAGGGAGUGAAAGGCGGGAUAUCAAAUCCAAACUCUUCUUCUUCUCUUUUUUUAAAAAUGAUAUUUAUUAAGGUUUCCCAAUAAAAGGUUACAUAUAUAAAAAAAUAAAAAGAAAAAGAAAAUACAAAAUACAUAAAAAAUAAAAAAACUUAAAAAACAAAUCAAUCUUUCCAUGACCUUACAUUUCAUUUACUUGUUUCCCUGACCUCCUCUCGCCUCCUUUUUUUGUAUUCCAGUUCAAUUGAUUAAUUCAGCAAUUCCUUUCCCUCUUUUUUUUUUUAUCUUAAUCCUUUAACUUAAUAUAUUAUAGCUUUAAAUUCUCAACUGUUAACAAUCCAUUUUUACACACACCUUUAUAACAUUGCUACUAAAACCACUUAACUUCAUUCUGACAUCAUACAUGCUGGUCAUUCUCAGCCCUACCUGGAGAUGCCAUUCAGGUAUGGGACUGAGCCUGAGACCUUCUUUGCAUGCAAAGCAAAUGGCCUACUACUGACCUAUGGCCUUUUACAUUGAUGACAUCACCUGCAGCUUCUAGUGUAAUCUGUCCUUGCAUCACCACACUGGGAUUUACUGAAUGAUCCCAGACCUCAGGCGUUUCAUGGCUUGUCAGUGGAAUCUAAGAAUGCUCUAGGGUGGGUAUGGGAAUCCUGUGGUCCUCCAGAAGUUAUUGGACCAGUGGUGUGCCGUCAGUGGACUAGGGAAACUAGGCUAAUCCUCUAAAUGUUCCUCUGGUGCCUCCUUCCCAAAGCUCGUGAAGCUUCUGCCUAGUUUAGGGAGUGGGGAGUGAUGCUCAUGCACACGGUGUCAGGAUGUUGCAAUGUCCAAGGUGAGCAUUGGUUGCCCUCACAAGCUAGUGCCUCUGGCCCUAACUAUUCUCCUAUGAAAAAUUUCACUGCACGCCACUGUAUUGAACUACAACUCCCAUCACCACUGAUCACUGCCAUGCUGAUCAAAACUGAUGGGUCUUGGGCAUCCAAUAACAUCUUACUACUUCAUCAUCCAGAUCAGUUUACUGGACUGUCCUAACAUUAUAUUUUCUAGAGGCAGAUUCAGAGGAACAGUUAAGGAGCUGGCAUGGUUGUUGGUUAUUAUGGCUGAUUGCUAUUGAAGCACUGUGGUUCUGACCAGAUGCACAGUGUGGUUCACCACUUUCUGUCUUAACUCAAGAUGCCAUUUCUUACCCUGUGGUCCUGUGAUUUCACCACACAUGCACAAAAUAUAUCGGAACAUUUAUUCACAACACUGUGUGGCUUUUAGCACAUUGAUACAUCAACAUUUUCCCCUCAACAGCAGGCAUUUGCUGGGCACUGAAGAGCAACUAAAAUCUAAAAUUUGUUUAUAUAUGGCAGGGCUGUCCAACUUCCAAGAGACUGUGAACUACUCACGGUAUUAAAAAAAAAGUGGUGAGGAGAGAUGAAUUUGUCACUGAAUUGGGCUUCUUCCCAAUUCAGAAGACAUUGUUAUUAAGUAAGAAUGGAUGAGAAACGUCACUUCUUGUUGAUUUUUCCAGAUCCAAAAUGAAUGUAAGACUACAUACACACAAUACAUUGAAAGUACCCCCAUCUGAUAAUUCUGGGGACUGUAGUUUUCUUCUCACAGAGCCAUGGUUCCCAGCACCUUAAGCAAAUGACAGUUUUCAAGAUUCUUUGUAGGGUGGAAGACGCACUUUAAAUAUGUGGUAUGUACUCAGCCUCAGAUUCAAUCCAGAAUUAUAAAUGCAUAGACUCUAGAGAAUCCCACCCCAUCGCAAAAAAAGCAAAGCUAGGAAACAGUGCCAUCACAACUCUGAUCAGAAACAAUGUAAAGUUUUUCAGUGUAGCAGCUUUUUUUGUUUUGUUUUUUAGUGGCUGUCUCCUGAUCUGCACAGCAACUGUAGCUAUGCUAAAAGCAAUUUUGCUUCUGCUUCCCCCUCAAUGUUAUGUGAAUACAUCAAUCAGAUUUUAUACUGCUGCAGUUCUAUUGGCACUUAAAGUGGAAUUAUUUCACCGUUUCACAUUUCCUAUGUGCUACAGUGCUUUGUCUUUCCUAAUGCCUCAUUUGCUUAACUUGCAGAGUGAUGGAAAGACUACAGAUUAACUAGAGCACAGACAGGAAGAGGUCUUAAUGAAACAAUGUCACCGCAUCCAUAUUAUUAUUAAUCAUUUCUAUUGCACUUUUCAGUUCUGCUUUGGGCCCAAGUUUAAAUGGUUCUUUCUAAUCUGUAUGGCACCCCCAGUUUUUACCAUCCUGGCCCAGAAAUGCCUCAGAUCCCUGCUUGCUAGCUUGCCUGCUUCACCAACAGAACACAACCUCACACUUUCAGUCUAGUAGAGCAAUUGCAGUCUGCCUUCAGGCAACCAUCACUUGUCUACAACCAGUUCAGUGUGUGGCACUAUUUCCUUCCUCCAUCUUAGUAUCAGUGUUGCUGUUGGAGGGUUCAGCAGAGAGGAGAAUGGGAACAAAACCAGAAUUACUGCCUCCCCUGAGAGUGAGUUCCAUAGUUGAACUCUGUGCUGAGCAAACAGUUAUAAUAUACCUGAUUGGAUAUCUUAAGCAUAUCUUAAGAUAUUGGGCAUGCCAGGUAUAAUCUUCUACUAUCCAAUAUUCACAGUUUAUGAAAGUCCCUUUAGUUUCAAGAGGUUUGCCACCAUGCAACAGGAGGAUAAAUUCAAGACUUCAGGAAGAAAUCUUGAUGGCACAUUGGCAUCAUGGCACCAUUGAAAACAUCCCUUUUAUUUUGGGAGGGAAACAAUACCUGCAAACCAAAAUACUUGUUUUCAAACACUUCCAUUAAGCUUACUUUGGGAAUUUGUAAACAAGCUUUUUGGAGUUGCAGCAAACUGUUUUCUAGACUCUAGAGGCUGUAUCACAUGUUUCAUGCUCAUUCUAAUGAAUUAAGCUAGUGUGAUUCUGUAAAUGAGAUCAUUAUGUUUAAUUUCUUAGAGUUCCUGUUUUGAAUCAAGUGGGCCAACUGCAUCAGUCAUGCCAUCUUCCAUGGGACCCGGGUGCAACAGCUGUGGAAGAAGACACAUUCCGUGAUGGGAAUCAUUAGGAACAGAAUAGAAAAUAAAAUUUACUAAUAUCAAGUUGGGGAGGGGAAAGUUCAUUUUAGGUUCCUUCCAGACUAGUUUAACUCGGAGCAACCACAAUCUUUCAGAUUUUAUAUAAAGCUCAGGCUACAUGUCUGCCAUCAUUCUGUUAUAGCAGGCCAGAAUCCUUGGCAGAUAUUCUGGGGAGACAAGGCAGAUUGAAGCUUUGCAUUCUGUUACAAUGUCUUUCUAAAUUAUUGUGUUCUUUUGAUAGGCAAUGAUGACUUUGACUUAGCGGAUGCUCUUGACAAAGGUAAGAUUCCUGGCAAAAAAAAUUUGAAUAUUAUUUUUUUGAUCUAAAAAUCAAACUGAAAUGACUCCUCUUUCAGCUUAAGUCAAUGGCAAAACUGGACAUCAUUGUAUAGAAAUAAAUGUGGAAUCCUGGGUAGAUUUUCUGAAAAAACAAAACACACAAUUAACAAAAGGGUCUAAAAGAAGUAAACAAAUGCUGCAGUUCAGGAUUAGUCAUUUUUAUUUUUAUUCUUGUUAUUAUUUUUUAAAGAAAUUUUAAAAAGAGACAGAACAUGUUUAAUAUGAUUUGGUGGAGAUCUCCCUCUUCUGGUCACGACCAAAAGCGAAACCCAAAUCUAGGAUUCAAAGGAGCAUGUAUGUAAAUUAUGUAUAUCCUAACUUUUCCUAAACGAUUUGUCCUUGCUAUUCCUUCCCACCAACAACCUAUGCAAAGAACUACAUAUGCAUAAUCCUCCCAGAAUCCUUCAACAGAUGCCAUUGUGUGUACAUGUUGUUGUUGUUUUUGGGGUUGUUGUUUUUUAGAAACUCGUCUUUCUAUCUAAAUAGCAAACUUUUUUUAGCACAGGGAAACUCAAAUAAUGAGUUUGGGGUUCUGGAUGGCACCUUCUUUACCCAGGAGUAGAGUUUGGAGGAGGAUUUACAGAAGAUGCAGUUGGAUAUUGGCCCAAUAAUUCUUCAUUUUAAACAUAAUUUUACAGGCCAUGAAGUGUGAUUCUUCUUGAUUGGAUCAGGGGUAUCCAGCAUCAGCUACUUCCUAUCUGGGAGAAGUGAGAUGACAAAAUAUAAAUCUAGAGGGGCCAUUGGGAGUUCCUUCUACUUUCAAGCAGGGGUGGGAACAUCUUCUUCAGUCCAGGGACCACAUUCCUGCAUGAGAAACCACCUGGGUGCUGUGGCAGAAGGGGUUCCAGGCAAAAUUGGGCAAAUGCAAUGCUUAAGAUAAUCUUACAUGGCAGGCUACAUUUCAGCCAUGUAAAAGUCAGAAGUUUCUAACACACACACACACACACACACACACACACACACACACCUCCUCCAUCUUCCAUCCCAGCAACCAAGAGGCAUUACAGUGGUACAGACGCUUCAGGUUACAGACGCUUUAGGUUACAGACUCCGCUAACCCAGAAAUAGUACCUUGGGUUAAGAGCUUUGCUUCAGGAUGAGAACAGAAAUCGUGUGGUGGUGAUGCAGUGGCAACAGGAGGCCCCAUUAGCUAAAGUAGUAUCUCAGGUUAAGAACAAUUUCAGGUUAAGAACGGACCUCCAGAACGAAUUAAGUUCUUAACCCAAGGUACCACUGUAUUGCAGUUCAAGAAGGACACCUUCCAGUCAGGUGAGAGUGCAUAAGGAUGGCAUGGAACAGGGAAGAGUCCCUGAGGGGCUUAGGUGGCUACAUUUGGCCCUCAAGUCUGGACUUCCCAACCCCUGCUUUAAAAGAAAAGGCCAAUCAUAUUUCACAAUGCAAUGUAUAUACAGGUCAGGAGUGGUGUGUCCCAUUUUGCCACCUGAGGUGAAAGAAGAAAAUGCUGCCCUGCAGCCAAAUGAGUAUAGAAUUUCAACCUUAAUCGUCUCACUUGGAUUGAGAAACAUAAAAUCAAGUUGCCCCUGCUUUUGAUAAGCUGUAUGAUACACUAACUUUAAUUUUAAUUGUGUUAGGUACCCCAAAGCCUCCUCCAGCUACCAAAAAGCCUUCAGUGGGUGAGUUGCUAUAAUUAUACUCCAUCUUUUUAUGCUCUUUUAGAUGUGGUAGACAUUUUGUGUCUGGCGAUCAGGCACUUCCCCAAAACUUCAAAUGUGUUUCAUGGGCUAUAAAGGCUAGUGACCCUUGCCUUAAAUUAGGAAGUCAAAACAAUGCUCUUGCUAAGGAAAGAAAAAUAUAUGAACCACAUUCAGGUGGCCAAGGGAAUAAUGAAAUGAAUGAUUUACAUUGUUAAUGAGGCAGAUUUAAAAUUUAAUAGUUAAGACUGGAUACAGAUUUUUUAAAGGAGCAUUAAUUCUGAUUUCCAUUUUGUUUUUCUUCAUGGAUACACUUCUUGAAAUGUUUAAUAGAUGGCAACUCCAGACCUAAGCUGUAUCCUGACCUUAGACCACACGGAGGUGGCAACGGAAACAAUGGUAAGAAUUAUUUUCACUUUUAAAAUCUAAAAAAAAAUGAGUGUUUAUUUCUGAUAAUUAGAGUUAUAUAAGCAUAAAUGUUUUGGAAAUCCCUUAGAUUAGUAUUUUUCUAAGUUUUAUCCUAUGUUUUCCCUGUUAUUAUGAGAUUUUUUUUUGGAAAUGUUCUCUUAACAUGACUGACUGGAUCAGAUCAGCCCUGAAAUACACUGUGUACUGUUGUAGUUGUGUGUGUGUGUGUGUGUGUGUGUGUGUGUGUGUGUGUGUGUGUGUGUGUGUGUGUGUGAGAGAGAGAGAGAGAGAGAGAGAGAGAGAGAGAGUAAACUUUAGCCUAAGGAAUGGGGACCUGUGGCAUUCCUUAUGUUGUAGGACAAUUCCCAUCAUCACUGACCAUUGAUGGCUGUGGCUGAUGGGAGUUGAAGUUCAAUAAUAUCUGAAGGGCUACAGGAUCCCUAUCCAAUUUUAGAUUAAAAAAUGGAUUAUAAACAAUGGGAUGAAAUGUGUGGGUGUAGACAUGGGAUGGCUGUUAUAACUGUUCAUAUUUGUUUUCUAUUUUAAUGCUUUCAUUCAUUGUUGAAAACUGGUAUUUUAUCUACAUUGAUAAUGCUCAUCCAUUUGUAAUAUAUUUUUAUUUCUUUUAGAUCCCGACUUUCACUUAGGAGAUGCCCUAGGUGCUGGUGGUAAGUAUUUGUCCAUCUCCUACAUUUUGCAGUAAUCUUUUCAUAUUUUUUUCAGCCAAAUCCACAAAUCAAUGAACUCUGAUUAGUUGGGUUUAAACUCAUAAUGCUAAUUUAACUUAAAUUCAUCUAAACACAUUCUGCAUUACUCAUUUAAAUCCAUGUAAUCUGGAUUAACAGGGUUAUGAAUCAGACUUUAGCCCUUUCGCAUGUGCAUUCUAUGAAUUUAUGAACUCAUUGUGAUGGCGAAAUCAGGGUCAACAUUAAAAUUGACAAGUUAACACCUUCAGUCUAGUUUCAGGUAUAUUUAGGAUGCAAUACAGAAAAAUGGAGUAGUUAAUUUAUGAAGGUAUGUAGGCCUUGCACCACCAUACAAGCCCAUACAAGCAAGAUAUUAUAAUCCUAGGAAUGUUUACUUGGGAAUCAUACUAUGCUCAAUAGUCCUUAUUCUCAGGCAAGGUGCAUAGGAUUACAGCCUUAAAUAUGCAUUGCAUCAGAAGACUCACAUGUUGGGGACUUCCGGGUCAGCGCCAUUGGUGAAUGGCAGAGUUCCUCCGACCAGAGGAACGGGCUCCGUGGAAACUGGGUCUUCCCGCCGCGGCGAAGGUGGGGACCCGCUAGAAAUCCCAGGCGGAGGAAGCCUGGGAACGUGGGGUUCGGCAGGGCACCAGAAGCGCCCCCCUACUCGCGGGGAAUCCCAUCUAGGGGCUCCGGAGCGAAGUGGGGUGAGAAGCGCGGUGCUACGAACUGACUGCUACUUUCACGGAGUGAAGCCGCACAGCCAUUGCCAGAGAGCGCUGACUUUUUCCUGUGGACAAUUGGACUUAAAACAAGUACCCGUGAGUAGAAACGGAAAAUUGGAUCAAGAAAUUGUUUAAUUUGGUAUCGAAGCGGGAAGGUGCAAACAGGAAGUCCGCCUUCUGCUUUUUGUAUAUAGACUAAAGCAAAAAUUUUGCAAGCUAAAGCCGGGAAGCUGUCAAAAAAGACUACAUUUCCUUCAUUCAGAAUCACUGAAACCCCCCUUGGAAGCAGGAGAAAAGGGGGGGGGGACUCUGUUUAACCUUAGCAGGAGAGGGAGUGAAGAAGGAUAAGUUUCCACCGUCUCUAACCUGGGAAUGGGGUGUCAGAGACAGAAACUGUUGGAGAGGUUCAUUGACUGUGAACGUAAUACUUUGACAGAUAGCUAAUGAAGAGAAACAAGUUGAUUCUAAUGUUGCCUUUUGCAUUUUAAAGAAACAAAAUACCUGAAAAACAUCUGAAAUAUCUGAAAAAUGAAAGUAACUUUCCUUUGUCUUCAAAAAAAAAAAUGGAUACAAAUAGAUUGUCUCCUCUAGAGGGAGCUUGCUAAAUUGUUGCUGUAGUAUAUUUGAGACCCAACAUCUGUGAGAUUAAGACCGUGGGAACAGUCUUUUCUGACCUUGAACAAAGAUGAGCUGGGAGGAAGACUGGGUGCUUGCUUUAUGCAAGACAAAUGCUUUGCUGGAACAGAUGCAUGAGAAGAUGGACUUGAUGAAUGAGAAAAUGGAUUUGACUGUUGUGGUUAAUAACUGUGGACAAACAGGGAACAUUGAUACAGAAAUCAUUCAGGAACCAACCUAUGAAUCUGUACUGACUGGGCAAGUGCAGAUGACAAUGGAGGAGGAUGCGGCUGCACCUCAAAUAGUACAAAUGGAGAGACCUGAGGCCCUACAGGAGCAUAAGCCGCUGUUAUUGAAGAUUGAAGUUGGAGUGGGCCAAGGGGAGUCUAGAGAUGAGGAGGUUCCUAGCUUUGGAGAGAUCUUGAAAUUUGAUUUUAAAUACAUUUUGGAUUAUAUCGAGGACUGUGGGGAGUGGGACUGUGGGGAAUGGGCGAGCUGGAUGAAGGGUGAUGGAGACAAUUUUGGGUUGGAAUCCUCCAGAGACCUACUCCUCAAUGAGAAAGGAAAGAAACUAAGACAGAGACCAACAAAAGACAAGGAAAAGGGCAAGCACAAACAAGAUGAAGAAGAAUUGCAGAAGGGACAUGGAAGAGACUUAAUGGCCUCGGACAUAAGGCUUCCAGGUUGAUGGACUAGAUGGAAUGGACAGUAAGGACUGACACGACCCGAGACCAGGAAGAAGAGACGCUGGAUGAUGAUUGGAAGAGAAUUUAUAAUGGGAAUUUUUUAUUUUAGAAUCAGCUUAAUGAAUAUUAGGGAAAAUGUGGGAAUGAAACUAUACGACUCUAGCAGAAAUGAUAUCAGGAGCUCUGUAUAUUUGAAAACUAAGAUUUAAGUCUUAAGGUACUUAGGGGUAAGAUAAGGUUAAAUAAAUUAAGGUAAUUUGAAUAACAGAAUAUGGGGAAAGAUGGAAAGGACUUGUUGAGUUAAUUAUUAGGUUAAAUUGUUAAAAUAAAUUUUAUAACAAAAAUUGAGAAAGAUGGAAAGAAUUUGCUGAAAUAAUUACUAAACUAGAAUACAAAAAGGGAGGUGUGAGGAGGUCAAUGAAACAAGCAAAUGGAAAUUAUGGAUAUGCAAUUUGGGAUUUGUGGGUUUUUUUUUCUUUUUUCUUCUUUUUUACUUUCUUUUGCUGUAUUGUCAUAUUGGUUUUUAUAUUUUGUGCCUUUCUCUUUUUUUUUCUUUUUUUGUAUUGUAGUGUUGUUUUUUAUUUUUUAUUUUUCUUGUAAUCCUGAAAUUAUCAAUAAAUAUUAUUUUUUUUUUAAAAAAACCAGAAGACUCACAUGUUGCAUCCCCUAUUGAAAAAGUUUGAGACUCUUGCUUCUUAGUGUGUUUUGCAUUUUUCAUCCAUACCAUUUGCAAAGAAUAAUGGGUGCAUGAGCUUCUUGUGGUUACCACAUCUGUGCUCUCACUACCGACACAGAAGCAUCAACAGAACACAAGUAAAUUGGCCAUUUUUCCCUUAGCACAAUGGUCCAAUACUGUGUUUUUGUAACAUAACACAGAUAUUUAUGUAAACUUUUAAAAAAGGAAUAAUCAUCAGGACUGAUUUUAACUAAACUAAACUUUAAAAAAGGAAAGGGAAACCUUGUAAAACCAGUUAGGGCAUGUUAGGCUCAACCUUUCAAGAUGGAAACCAAGGCAUUUCUAGAACAAAAGCCCAGCAAAAGCUAAAGCAAGCAAGUAAGAAUUCUAUGCCUUGUUUUGAUUUUUCAUUUCUUCAAAUUGUACCUGUCAUUUCUAGAUGGUCCUCCUCCAAACCCUCAGCCAUACCCUCGUCCACGUCCACAGCCAGGAAGCCAUAUUAAUUCUGGUAAGCAUAAUUUGUGGUAAAUGCAAAAGGCUGUUUAACAAGCAAUUAGUUGCCUAUAUGUUUUGAUAAUUAUGACUGAGUUUAGGAGCAAAGUGGCUGAUGUGAUUAUAAGGAGAUCUGUCUUGAGACACACUUAAGGCUAUUGGAGGGGUAACUGAUGGGGGUUGUAGUACAAAACAUCUGGAAUAGAUCAGGUUGGGGAAGACCAGAGUCAUUCUGCAAAAACAGCACAUAUCUUACAGUAUAUGUGCUUUUUGAAAAUACCGUAUUUUUCGCUCCAUAGGACGCUCCUGACCAAAAGACGCACAAAGUUUUUAGAGCAGGAAAACAAGAAAAAAAAAAUCUGACUCAAAUGUUGUACUAAGCUAUUUAAAACAGCAAAGUGUGUGGCUCCUGUCCACUUUGCUGCUUUAAAGCAAGCCACGGUAUAUAAUGAAGAGAAUGGAAAAAGGACAGACAUUCCAUUAUAAUGCAGCUGUUUUCAUUAUCACUGGGAAGUCAGUAUUGGCAGCAGUCACAAAAACUAAAAUUUGAGCAUUUUACUAUUAUUAAUCAAGAAUAUUAAUAGUCAGGGAGAGAAACCAGGGCUGUGCAAAUGAGAAGUGCUUGGCGUAUUGAGGAACAGCAAAGAGAUCAAAUGAUUGCGCUCCAGUUCCUAAAUCUCUGAAGUUUUCUCAAAACAGGCGUGGUUCUUUUGAAAUGAAGAUUCAAAAUGGAGUGACUGAGCAAAGAACAGAGGAGGAAAAGAGGGCAGAUAAAUGGCUUCCAUUCAAUACCAACACAAUGUUUUUGGUUUAGUAUAGGUGGACUGUACUUGUAAGAAUUUGUAUAAUGAAUUAUAGAUUUGGAGUGGAAUAUCAGUGCAAUAAAGAUUAGCUGCUAGGAACAUGGUCCACACACAAACACACAGGAUGUCUGGUUAUAGUUGUGCAGUUUAAACUGUUUCUGAGCCAGAUGCCUGCUCAGUUUUAGCUCAGCUUACUAUUACUGGUUUGUGGAGAUGCUUUGCAUGUAUUUAUGACUAUUUCUGCAAAACUGCUACUUGAAGAAAUCCCCAAACUUAAUAUUUUUAAACUUCAAAUGAAGCUCAGAAUCCAGUUAGGCAAUCCUCUGCAGUUGAAUUAGGAGGCACUGAGAGACAGCAAUUUGCUGCUCCCCCCCACCCCCCCAAGCAUCCCAGGAGUGCGGGGCAAAGGCGCACAGCCUUCCCUCUGCUUGCAAACCUUGUCGGAGCUUCAGCGGAAAGCAGAAGCUGCCAGCAGAGCACCGUGGCUCCUCCACCCACCCCCAAAGAGCAGCCCGGGAGCGCACAGCCUUCCCUCUGCUUGCAAACCUUGUCGGGGCUUCAGCGGAAAGCAGAAGCUGCCAGCAGAGCACCGUGGCUCCCCCCACCCACCCCCAAAGAGCACCCCAGCAGCGCAGGGCAACAGCGAUUUGGCUCCAGGGACCACACAUUCGCUCCAUAAGAUGCACAGACUUUUCCCCUUACUUUUUAGGAGGGAAAAAGUGCAUCCUAUGGAGCGAAAAAUACGGUAUAUUGUUGUACUAUUUUUGUUGUUGUUAGAACAGCAAUUUUCUGUCUGUCUGCUAGGUAUUGUAGCUUUUGAACAGACUCCAAGUGGAUGCUUUGAGGUUAAAGAUAGCUCAUUUCUUAUAUCUAGCUCUAGAUCAGGGUUUCUCAAGCUUGGGUCUCCAGCUGUUUUUGGACUACAAUUCCCAUCACCCUUGACCACUGGUCCUGCUAGCUAGGGAUGAUGGAAGUUGUAGUCCAAAACACUUGGAGACCUAAGUUUGGGAAACCCUGGUGUUGAUAUAGACUGAAGGCAGGUUACUGCCUUUGAGCCAAGAAAGAUGUUUGCAAAAUAUUAGCAUUCAUCCUGGCAAAAGCUGGGAAGGAUACUUUGGAGAAAAGGACUAAUACCAUAAUUUUAAUUAUUUGUAGGUGAUUUCAAUGAUUUGGAUCUCAACGAUGGGAGACCUCCACCUCCAGGACCAGCAGGUAACCUACAGUGAUUCAGGUCCUUCACACUGGUUCACAGUCCUCCUCUCAACAUAUCAUAGCAACAUAUCAUCAGCAUUAUUUUAGCUGCACUCUUAGAAAUUCAUAGAACAGAGAUGGGAAAACUGUGGCCUUCCAGAUAUUCAACUCAUCCUUAGCUAGUGGCUGAGGCUGAUCUGUGUUGGGGCCUAGGUAAAGGUAAAGGGACCCCUGACCAUUAGGUCCAGUCAUGACCGACUCUGGGGUUGCGGCGCUCAUCUCGCUUUAUUGGCCGAGGGAGCCGGCAUACAGCUUCUGGGUCAUGUGGCCAGCAUGACUAAGCCGCUUCUGGCGAACCAGAGCAGCACACAGAAACACUGUUUACCUUCCCACCGGAGCGGUACCUAUUUAUCUACUUGCACAUUGACGUGCUUCCGAACUGCUAGGUUGGCAGGAGCAGGGACCGAACAAUGGGAGCUCACCCCGUCGUAGGGAUUCAAACCGCCGACCUUCUGACCAGCAAGUCCUAGGCUCUGUGGUUUAACCCACAGCGCCACCCGCGUCCCUGUGUUGGGGCCUAGCAACAUCUUAAUGUCCACAUUAAUGUCCUGCCAAAGAGUUUACAAAAAGGUGUAAUUGACUGAGGAGUAUGUAUUAUCCGUAUUCUUACUGCUGACACAGAAUGAAAGCACAAAAGGUUAAGCUAACAGCCUAAUAACUGGCACAACUGUAGAAGAGUAUUUUUAACCAAAUCUUGCUAAAUAGCUUGGUGUGGUUUUGACAUUUCUCUAUUUCUCUUCCCCCCAAAAUCAAGUUUUUGUUGCUGUCUCUCAUUUCAGGGGGCAAUGACCACAUUUCAAAUCAAGGUGGCAACACUGGUAAGGCUAGUGUAUAUUUUUUUUUAAAAAAAUGUUGACGUAUAUUAUGGAGCAAAGUACAUUUUGCGAUAAAUGGGCUUUUAAAAAGCAGCCUUAAACUGGCCACGUUCAUUUCAAAUAAAAAGUAGCUGGAGGUCCCCCGUCUGCUAAAAAUUACUUUCCCAUCCUCAGGCAUUUAUUUACCCCUGGAGUUGCAGUUUGAAGUAAGCAGCAGUCAGGUGAAGGCGUUAUCUGUGGAUGCAACCAUUUAUGUCCCCAACAUGGAUCAAGAGCAUCCUCCAGUUGGUGGCCUGUGUAGCUGCUUUCCCUUCUAAUUCAAGGAGGUCUGCAUGUGGUCCUCAAGGCCUUUUCUGGUAGCCCUUGGUAACAUUUGAUGCCCCCCAGCCCUCACUGGCAGAUACUGGGUUUGGGAAGGAGGUAUGAGGGCUCUAAGACUCUGUCAGAUCCUCACACCUCCUUCCCAAAGCCUGGUAGUCAGUCAGUGCUUCAUCUAUUGUGAUUAUGAGCAGUUCUACUCAGAUCUCUCUUUCUUAAAGUAAACGAAUAAUAUUAGACCACCCUGACAUGGAUUAUUAUAAUUUUUAAAAUAUACAUGUGUGAAACUACCAUAGUGUGCUGGUUCAGUUUCUAUACUUAAAACAGAAUAUUCGUAUAUUUCAGAAGGGAAAUAUGUGUUUCCUCCCCUUCUCUCUAGUGGAUAGUUCGGCAGCUCAGAUUUCGUCUCCUGUUGUGAUUGCAGUUGUGCUGUUAGCCUGUGGGGCAAUAGCGGGCUACACUGCUUACAAGAAAAAGAGAUACUGUUUUAAACCGAGAGGUAAGAAUAACUGUAGUAAGAGUUACAUAUUUGCUAUGAUGAACUAAAAAAUAAUCAUGGUUCUAAUGGAUGAAACCACUUGCAAUGAAAAUUCAAAAUUGAAGAGAUGAGUUAGAGAUUCUUUGUUCUUGCCAAUCUACUUCACAUCACCCAGAGAUUUAUUGCUAGAGUCUUUCUGCCCACCUCUGGUUUAGCCUUUUACUAUUUACUCUGUCAACUGUUUUUAAGGCAUUUCCCACCUCUACUAUCAGAGAGUCACAUUCCUAAACCCAGAAUGUUAGGUAUGCAAGGCGUGUGCUCUAACACUGAACUCUGGACUCUUCCCGAAUAAAUGGGGAUAUCUGACUCUCCAAGCAAACAGAGGUGGGAAGAAUAAUCCCUGCAUUACCCAUAGCAGAACUAGAGACUCAAGAGAGUGGGGGAAAGUACAUUCUUUUCUACAAAAGUAGAAAUACUACAGCUGAGAAAUACUAUUUAACAUUUAGAAUAAAUCUUUCUGGUUUCAACUUCUGUCAUGCCAGAUUUCUAAGCUACAUUAAGGCUGGAAUCAUAAACACACAUGAAAUAAAGUUCUUAAGUGUUCAAGGGCAUGCAUUUGGAAGCUCACAAUUGCAUAUCCCCAGUGCUUUUUUUCUUUGGGGGACACAGGGGCACGCAUAGAGGGGCAGUAUUUCAAUAUGAGUAGGAAAAUUAGAGUACCCCUAAACAUUUUUUUUAAGGAAAAAAAAGAGCACUGCAUAUCCCUUGUGUUUAGGAAUGCACACUUGACAGGUUUACUGGAAGAAUUACCAGUGCAGUCACAGCAGAUACAAUUGCCAUGUAAAAGUUUGAUAAACCAGUGGUUACACAAACUCAUGGUUCCUUUGAGCAUAUAGGCUCUGUUCUGUGCAUGGAUUUCACCAAAUUAUAAGGGCUUGCAGCAUAAUCCUCCGCAUUUGUCUUUAUUUGGAAGCAAGUCCCAUUGUGUUCAGCGGGGUUUUCUCCCUAGUUAGUGUAUUUGCAUUGCACUGCACUUUGGGUAAUGCAUGCCUCUAUUUUAAAUUGAUAUGACAUCUUUCAUUUUAGGUGGGGCAGUUGUCUAAACCAUCAAGAAACCAACUGAGAAAUAUUGACCUCCAGAAGAUCAUCUAUAAACUCUCACGCACUAUGUUACAUUUAUGUAUAAAUUCUCCCAUUGAGGUUUUCCAUAAUAUGGCAUUUUCCUUGAGUGAAAACUUUUAACCAGUAUUUCAAAGCUAGAGACUAAUUAAUUGCACACAACUACACGAGAGUUCUUCAUUAAUAUGACAUAAAAUGUUUCUAAAUGUCAUACUUUGUAAGGGGGGGGGGAGUCUUUCAACUAUAUUUUCUGUUUUACUCAGGGAGUAAUUGGAACAUGGUCGCUACCCUGGAGGUAGCUUUGAGCAAUACGCAGGUUUAUUUGGCACUGACAAUCAGAAUAUCAAUAAAUCUUUGUAAUGACAAUAUGACGUGAUUUAUCUCAGUUCAGACAUUACUCAUUAUUUGGAUGAGCCUAAUGCAUUUUGGUAAUAUUUUAUUAAGCAGCAGAUGUCCUAGUCAGUAAAUGCAGCAUCAGAUCCAGAGCAUAUGAAAAACUGCAUUCUCUUAACAAACCUGUCUGUGUAUUAUAAUCAGUAACAGAGACCCUGGUCUUGGAGUUUCCAGCACCAGAUAUUCAGUGAAUAACAACUGGCUAUGAGGCUUUCUUGGUUGUGCUGCCCUGGCAAUGGAAUGACCUCCCCAGAUCUAUCUGUUGGUGGCAUGCUCUUAAGUACUUGGCAAAGGCUAUUUUAUUUUCUUCUGCUUUUUAGUGAAAUCUGCUUUUUAGAUCUAUUUUGGUUGCUAAUGUUACUUUGUUGAGGUUUCUGAUUUUAGUCAAUUGUCUGGAAGAACAGGGUAGUGAGUCUUUAAUGCAAUCUAUUGGUAUCUGUGAGAUAUGAAAUACAUUGGGUUCCCUCGCAAGCAAUAACCCUCAAUCAGAUAUGUGGAUCCAGGCGAACAAAUAAACAUGUUUCUGAAUGCACAUUCCCAUCUGGAGUCUGGUAUGAUAAAAAAAAUGAAUUGCGCAUUGUGCAGUGUUAAAAACUCUACUAGUAUCCGCAAGGCUACUAGUUGGGCUCAGGGGUUUCUGGCUUAGGGAUAUUGUAUUUAAAAGUGGUGGUGGGAUUUUUCCCUACCCCUGACUUUUCUGUCUCUUUUUAAUACAUAAUGAUUUCUCAUGACCAUCUUUGUUAGUGUAUCAGUUGUAUAUUAUUUGCAGAAUUUAUGGGGGGGGGAUUAUGUUCUUGUUGUUUUCCUUUCUGUCCUAAACUGCACCUGAACAAUUGUGCCAAAUGAAGAACUAUUGCAAUGGAAUAAGUAUUUAAAUAUAUUAAUAUGCUG